AUGGGACUAUUAGGAUAUUUCGAUAACUCUUCUGUGAAACCAAAACUCGCAUCUGAUGGUGCGCCCAUUGCGCCCGAUCGUUCACAGCGUGCCAAGUGUUGGGAGGCACGCGAUGCCUUUUUCGAAUGCCUAGAUCGUCACAACAUCAUUGACAGUAUCCGCGAUAAGAACAAGGUGGAGGAGUUUUGCCGCCAUGAAGAAAAACCAUUUCAGCUGCAAUGUGCAUCGAGUUGGGUCACAUAUUUCAAGCAAAGACGAGUAGCAGAAUGGAAAAAGGCCCGGACCAUAGAGAAAUUGACGGCUGAAGGAGCACAGCCAUUGUCGGGAGAACUUCCAGCUUCACCCGUUCAAAAAUCGUAA